UUAAAAAGAACAACGUAACUCGCAUGGAAUUGUUAGCAUUAGUAUUAUUAUUAACAAACUCCGAUCCUGCUUUCCUCUCUGCUCUGAGCUCUCCACAAACUCCACCAUAUAUAUAUAUAUAUAGACUCCAAGGAGGAUGGUCGACAGAAGGUGGCGGGUGAUGAGUGAGAAUAAGAGGUGUGUUCAUAAGAAAGUGUUUAUAAUGGAGUCUUGUAAUUGCAUUGACCCGCAAUGGCUUGCCGACGAGUUACUGAUGAAGUAUCAGUAUAUAUCAGAUUUCUUCAUCGCACUUGCUUAUUUUUCCAUCCCACUCGAGUUGAUAUACUUUGUUAAGAAAUUGGUAGUUUUUCCUUAUAGAUGGGUGCUUGUGCAAUUCAGUGCAGUGAUUAUUCUUUGUGGAGCUACACACUUUUGCAGUGCUACUGUUCUUGUAUGCAUGCCAAAGGCCUAUAAUUUGAUCAAGCCAAUUGCCUCUGUGAAAAAGCUGUCUGUUACUCUAAGUUUGUCUUCAGAUUUGCCCGAGUAUGCCAUUGGUGAUGAAAAACGGCUAAUGCAAGUUCUGUUGAAUGUUGUUGGCAAUGCUGUAAAAUUCUCUAAAGAAGGCAGUGUAUCGGUUUCUGCUUUCGUUGCUAAAUCGGAAUUUUUAAGAGAUCCUCAAGCUCCUGACUUCUUCCCAGUGAUAACUGUUAAAGAUACAGGAGUGGGAAUUAACCCUCUGGACAUUCCCAAAAUCUUUAGCAAAUUUGCUCAAAACCAAUCAUUGGCUACUAAAAACUCUGGUGGUUCUGGGCUUGGCCUUGCUAUUUGUAAGAGGUUCGUAAAUCUUAGGGAAGGACAUAUUUGGAUUGAAAGUGAAGGUCUUGACAAAGGAGCUAAUGCUAUUUUUAUCGUCAAACUUGGAAUUCCUGGAGAAAAUGAGGAAUGUUUUAACCGAGCUUUUUGA